CUGUGCACCCCGCCCCGCCCCGCCGUGUCACCGCCCCUGGCAGCAGCCUGCGCCGCGUGGGAGGCGUUGGCGGCGGGGAAGACCCGGCGCGAGCCAGGCCGAGAGCGCACAGCCCAAGCCCGGCCCCUGCGGGUCGCCCUCCGCCUGCGCCCGCCCUGCGCCAGCGCCACGCGUGCCCGGGCGGAGGAGACAUGAGCGCCCGGCCCGUCGCACCCCAGGCGCAGCGGCGCGGCCUCGCGGCCCCGUGAUGGUGAUGGGCUCCUGCGUGUCGCGAGAUCUGUUCACAAGUGCCCACAAGGACUGCCCCAUGCCCCGGGGCACAGCCCCCCUCACCGCAGACCUGCCUCCCGGCCACCCUCCUGCCACUGCGGCAGGCCAUGUCACUGGCAAGGACAAACAGCAGGAUUUCUGCUGGGAUCCUUGGCAGAGGUGCUUCCAGACCACGAACGGCUACCUGUGUGACUCCACAGCCCGCGCCAGCAGCUACAGUGUGGCAGCCCUCGCCACCUCGUCCCUCGUGGGCGUGGUGCAGAGCAUCAAGGACCACAUCACCAAGCCCACGGCCAUGGCACGUGGCCGCGUGGCACACCUCAUCGAGUGGAAGGGCUGGAGCGCCCCACGGGCGGGCUGGGCGCCGACCCCGGCGGAGGACGAACACUACUGCUGCCUCCCGGACGAGCUCCGAGAGGCACGCUUCGCCGCAGGGGUAGCUGAACAGUUUGCCAUCACAGAGGCCACACUGAGCGCCUGGUCCUCGCUGGACGAUGAGGAGCUGCGCCCUGAGGACAGCCCCGGGGACACUGUCCAGCUCCAUGACCUGGAGAGCAUCUAUCUUCAGGACAGCCUUCCGAGCAGCCCCGUGGGAGAUGACAGCCUCCUGGCUCUCUCGUCCCCAGGCCUCUCCCCUGAGGACUGGCCCUCACCCGAGGAGAUCCCCAUCACGGCUGCCAGCCCCCACCACCUCAGCCCUGAACAGCAGCAUCACAGGCAGCUGCCAGGGGGCCCAGGGCCCAGCGGUGGGGCCCCCCUGCAGGGCUCCCUGCCCUCGGUGGACAGUGGCUCCCUCUCUGAGGAGGACGAAGUGUUCUACAACUGAGCGGGCAGGGUGCAGCACCCCCACACCUCCUUGGGCCUGGUGGGCAGCGUCUGCAAACAAGGCCUGGAGCCUGGGCCUCUUGGGACUCCACGGGGCAGGUACCCCUCGUGGUGGACCAUUCUGUGCCUCCUGGACCUGCGCCCCGCGGUGGGAGCCAAACCCCCCUUCUCCUCUCAGCCCAGUGGGCCCCUUGCUCUCUGGAGAUCUCACUCUGUGAGCUCAAAGACUCCACAGACACCAGGGCAACCAUCCCGGCCCCAGGGAGCUUGCAGCCGUGUCCCCAGGCAGACAACAUCACAGACGGGACCAGGAGGCCCCUGUGGAGUAGGGCCUGGGGACCUGGCCUGCCUGCACCCGGCUCAGCCCGACUCCUGGGUGCCUGCUCCAUUGAAGGCAGGUAGCCUCUUCUGGAAGCUAAGCACCCUUGGGCACUUGGAGGGUCUGUCUGUCCCUCACCCUCUGGACCUGCUUCCGCAGUGCCCAGCUCCCUAACCCAGGGAAUCCCUUCCCUUCCUCGCACUGCCUAGCUCCCCCUGGUUCUCCGGAGACAUUAAAGUGGUGGCUAUGCCCUGA